AUGAUCAGACACAACAACCCGUUGAUCCACAGAGGCUUCUGGACGCAGGUGCCAACACCAGCGCCAACCCCAUCACCACAACCACCUCAGCCUUGUCCAACCCCACUCCCAUGCCCGGUGCAAUCAGAGCCACAGCCGUGCCCACAACCAAUUCCGUCAACUCCAUCACCACAACCACCUUCGCCUUGUCCAGCCCCAAUGCCUUGCCCGGUGCCACCACAGCUUCAGCCGUGUCCUCAACCAAUUCGUAAGUUAAGCAAGUUGAUCAUUUAUUAUCCUCUUGGCAAAUAA